AUUCUUAAAGCUACACAAGGUUAAUCAUCAUUCAUCAAAAACCUAAGUACGUAGUACACAUAGUCAUCACUAUGACUGGCUCUGGCUCUCCUUGUGGAGCUUGUAAGUUCUUAAGAAGGAGAUGUGUAAAAGGAUGUGUGUUUGCCCCAUACUUUUGCCAUGAACAAGGAGCUUCACAUUUUGCAGCCAUUCACCAAGUGUUUGGAGCCAGCAAUGCUUCUAAAUUGCUCUCUCAUCUUCCCAUGGAAGAUCGACGCGAAGCCGCUACUACAAUCUAUUAUGAAGCUCAAGCUCGCCGUCAAGAUCCCAUUUAUGGCUGCGUAUCUCAUAUCUUCUCCCUCCAACAACAAGUUGUGAAUUUACAAACACAGCUAGAGAUUCUAAAGCAACAAGCAACACAAAGAAUGAUGGCUACUGAUUCUCCAUCCAUAGAAAACCCUAAUUAUUAUCAAGACACUAAGCCUCAAUAUCUUCAAGAAUCUCAUGAUCUCCAUCAUCAGCAUCAUCAGACCACUUCGAAUUAUCAAACGGAGCAACACUCUGAUCUAAAGAAUAUCAUCACGUCGUGCUACCACCAGAACGAAACCGGGAUGAAGUCGUUCAUAGGAGCUGGCGGAGAUACCACAGCGGCGAGUUACUACUACAACUCCUCUAGUGGCUGCAGCGAAGAACUUAAAUCGGUGUCGACCAUCGGCGAAUUUUCCAAAUACUCUGAAUUGGAUCUACAACACUUGAACACUUUUAAUCAAUAUCAUGAUGGCUGCAAUGAUCUGCUAUCCGAGAGUUUAGGGUACAUUACGUAUUCAUGAUGCCUAUGAAGAUAUGAAUGAACACGAUCAAGAACU